AUGUCGCUUUCAGACUCUUCGUCCCUGUCAUCGGCGCCGCCGACAGACGACGAGUCAAUGUCUCUAGCUUUUGGAGCUGAUGCACCCAUCACCAACUAUUUCAAGAAGGAGACGCCGCCGCCCAAGCGCCCUGCGUCGCCUCCGCAUGAAUACGUGCUCGCCGACAAUCCUGACGUUGCUUUCAUUGUCAUGUUUCGCGCGCGCUUUAGCGAUGCCUUGCCGAAAUCGCUCCCACACUAUGGCCCGCAAGAUAUUGAGCGAGGAGUACAGGACACAGUGCCUGGCGAACAUAUUGAAAGACUACUGUGUGCUUUAAUUGGUCUGGUACUGAAUCGCAAGAAGGAAGUGGAAAAAGGACACUAUCAGAGAGCUUUGGAGGAAGCGGUUCAAACGCAUUCUUCGCAAUGGCCCAGGGCUUGGGGAGGGAAGAAUCCUUUGCAUGGAGGUGGCUCGUUUGCUUCCAUGACGCCUGAAGAGCGGUUGCGGUUUUUAAAAGCUCUUAUCCUCUGGUCAUUAUCCUCCUCCGAAGCGAUCCAAUCGAAAAUCAAAGAGUCCUACAAACAAGCACGACAUGAUGAUGACCUUAACCAGCCAUUGUCAGUACAACCUUGGGGUAGGGACGAGAUCAAACGACGAUACUGGCUAGUCGAGGGACAGGAUGACACCCAUUUCCGCCUCUAUAGAGAGAGUAACCCGGCAUUAAAGACCAACACCUGGUGGAGUGUGGCUGGUACCAUCGAGGAAGUCAAAGCUGUCGCAGAAAGACUGCAAAAAGAGAAGUCACAGAAUUCGAAAAAGCUCAGUGACAGGAUUUUGAAUGCGGUUCCUAGAUUUGAAGGCGGCGAAGAGAAACGGAGACGGCGCGAUUACCGGAUGGCACGAAAGGCUGCAUUUACCCGACCAGAACCUGGGUUUUCUCUCUACGAGGGCCGGACUCGAGGCAAGAAGCUUAAAUACACUUAUUCAGACGACGAGGAUAUCUUCUCCGACGACGCACCUACUACGCGUCGGUCAGGACGUAAUGUCUCGGGACCCGCCACACCAGGCGAGCCAUUAGGCCCGGUUUUCACAGCCAGUGGUCGACAAGUUCGGGCUCGCGCUGGAGGCGUAUACGGAGAAUCGAUGCUAAGUGGACAGCGAGACGAUGCCGAAGAAGACCAAGAAGAUAACGGCGAAGAUGCCCAGCCUCGAACUCGAGGCCAGGCAAAUGGCCAUGCAAAUAAUUACGCUGAUGGUAUGAGCGACGAAUCAGAUGCUGCUUCCAGCUGGAAAGGGGAUGAUGAAUCCCAGAACGAGAACGAGAAUGAGAAUGAGAAUGAAUUUGAACACGAUGAAGAAGAGGAGGCUAGUGAGGGCGAGUCCUCAGACGCUGAGGACGGUCAGCAGCAUAGUCUUGUUGUUCACCUGCAUUACGGAAAGUCUCAAGAGAAACCGGGCCCAGCUUUGCAACAACAUACUGGUCCUGCUCCCGAACCUAAUCCGUCCAGCAUCUCGGUUGCUGCAGACACCACAAAUUCUGUCGACAACUCGGCUAUGGAAGUUGAACCGAAACGAGAAACCACCAAGCAACAGCUGCCAGAGAAGGGUAGAUUGGAUUUUAUCAUGUCCAAUUCAGCGUUUUCACAUCCCGAGGAUGCAAAGGAAAACAUAUCGAAUGUCGAGGACCAGGUCAAAACCGACAAACCCGAGGAAGUCGGGGCGAAGAACCUGCAAGAACACUCUGUGCCACCACUUGAACCAUCUCGGAUUCAAAAUGGUGGCGAGUAA